GGCUGCUGAUGAGGACGUGAUUUAAUAUCGCAGCCUGCCAGGAUCAUAAUGUUCCAUGCUGAAUGAACCGUUUAGUCUUCCACAGGAGCUCGAAUCGAUUGGAGCAGUUUUGGUUGUGCCGCGGGUAUCUACUUUCAUCGGAAAAUAUUGAUUGUGCAAGGAAUGACAAGUUUUUCUAGUGACCCGCAUCAUCAUUGGGAAAACGUUAACGGUCACAUGGAGCCUCCAUUCCCGCCGGAAGUAUCGCCUUUCACGCCGAUUUGGAGUCAGGAUAACCCGUCACCAAUGGUCCAUUAUCCGGAGCUGAUGGCCGCUGGAUUUCCUUGUGCAGAUUUAGCUAUCUGGCCUCGCCAGCAGGUGGGCAGUUUUGUAGCCCAGCGUUUAUCGCCCAGAGGAGCCCAACCUGCAUCUCAUUCAUCGACCAAAAAAGCACGCCGUCGGGUGGCUUCGAUGGCACAGCGACGGGCAGCUAACAUUCGAGAGCGACGGCGGAUGUUCAACCUCAACGAAGCCUUCGACAAGCUGCGAAGAAAGGUACCGACUUUUGCAUACGAGAAGCGCUUGUCGCGAAUCGAAACUCUACGGUUAGCCAUAACCUACAUCGGUUUCAUGUCGGAGCUGUUGAAUGGAACUCCCACCCAUGAUGGUCGCUCGCCGGAACUGUACCCGAAUCUAGUCCACCCGCACCACACGAAUCAUAUGCAUCCGUCAUUCCAUCAGAGGGAAUACAUUUCUCCGUAUGGUUCUCACACUGGUUAGCUAUGAAUGAGUAGUACAUAUUCAUAAAUAACAUCCAAUUUUAGUCCAAAUAUGAGAAGGUGAUCUUGCACAGCCGUUGUUUUGUGAUCUUUGUUAGUAUUUGCAAUCGUCUGUUCUUCCAUUAGAAUAAGAAUAAAUAUCUAAGCUUAAAACGGAAAGGGU